AUGUACAGACCACAACCAGACAGUGCCAUAUCUGCUGUGAAGAAGGAAAAAGAUGUUUCUCCAAUCACUGUCCCGGGCUCUAGAAAUGCCUCGAAACACCAAAAUAUAAUUGUCUUUGAAACUCAAAUUUUGUCUGAUCAAUACAACAGCGAGGUCUAUAUCUACAACAAACACAUUGAAUCUAAACAAUCAGACGUUUCUCUUAUUCGAAAAAAAGUUGGUUCAUGGAUUAAUGCCUCCUGUUUUGUUAACUUCCUCCCAGAAAAACAGAAACCUGAAUUCAAAAAAGCAUUGUCAAAAUACUUUCCUCUUAAGGCUGAAAAGAAGAGUCCAAAUUCAUUUUUAUCCUUAAAGAAUUCGGUUGUAUUAGCGAAAAAAUAUGAAAUUUAUGAUAAUCUUUCGCAUUUUUUGCUGUUUAAACGUGUUUUUGUAACCUCUUAUUGUGGCACUAAAUGUUUUGAAAUGUUUUUCGAAUCAAUUCGAUUGCUAAGAAAAAUCGUUGAUUCAGGCGAAAAUGAAGAUGAUUGUUGUAUUAUCAAUUUAAAUCAGUUAUGUUAUGUUUUUGAGGCCAAGUAUAAUCAGGGUUAUAGAAAAAUCAGAAGAGAGGUCAUAAGAAAAGCUGAAGCUUCAAAUCAGUUAAAUUAUUGUAAUGAUAAAACUGUUUUAUCUGGUGUAUGGAUAACUUUAAAAAUAGCAAUUGAGUUUGCUACAAAAUUUGAUUUAUUAAAAGACAUUGGUUAUUUAUUAUUACUAGAGGACGAUCCUAAUCAAUCAAAAUCAGUUCCUGUCUCUUAUAGAUUCUAUCAAAAACUCUCUAAAAGUCAUGAUUUUUUUAAAAAUUUUCCAAUUGAGUUUAAAUGCCCAAUAGAACUUUUAUUAAAAGUAAAAGUUCGUUUUAAAUUAACUGCAAGUAUAUCAAAGCCAUCAAGAAAUAUGAUCACUUUAAGAUUCAUUGGAAAAGUCAAAGAUAAUUUAAAAUCAACAAGACAAUUUGUUAUUAAUAGAAGAUAUUCCGAUGGGUUUGUUAAUGGUACAAAAUUUAUACAAUAUAUAGUCUUUGAUUCAAUAAGUAAAUUAAAUAAGAAAACAAGUGAUCCACAAUUACAAGUUGAAAAUAUUUUAUAUUAUCUAGAUUUUUUUAUAACAUUAAAAGAUGUGAAUUAUAUUUUUACCAAUAAAACAAACCAAAAAGAUUUAAAUGGAGCAUGGAUUUCAUCAAAUGAUGCAUUAUUAAUUUUAAAAGAUUUCAAACAAGCAAAUAACAAAUUAAUUGCAUUUUUAACUGAUGAUUUAGAUGGGCUAUUCCCAAAAGUGUUAGAAUCAAAUGAAGAAAAUAAUGAAUCAGAUUUAGAUGAGGAUGUUUUAGAGAUAAUUGAGCAUCCUUCCAAGACUAAUAAAACAAAAAUAGACAUUGAGGCGAUUAUUGAUGAUAUUGAUGUUGAAAGUGAAUUUUCUGAAAGUGAAGAAUCAGGAAAUGAAAGUGAAAGUGAAAAUCAAAGUGAAAGUGAAAAUCAAAGUGAAAGUGAAAGUGAAAGUAAUAAAAAUAGAAAUGAUAAUAAAAACCAUGGUAGUGAUAAUAAUGAUAUUAAUGAUAUUAAUCGUCUAAAUUAUCACUUUGAAGAUUCUAAUUUAAACUUCAAGACUGAAAGUGAAGAGAAAAUAGAGAAAAUAGAAAAACCAAAGAAAGAGAUAGUUAAACCAGCAGCUUUUAUAAAUAAUAAAAGUAAUAAGCGUGGAAUUUCACUUAUAGAAGAAAUUUUAAGAAAUCAAGAAGUUCAAAAAGUGCAAACAUUUCAAGACAAUCAAGAGCUUCUAAGAGGUCAAAAGGAUCAAGAACUUUUAAAAAGCCAAAAAGACCAAGAAGCUCAAGAAGUUCAAGUUCAAGAAACGGAAAAAAUAAUCAAAAAUGAUAAAAUAACACUCUCUCCAUCAAUACUACUUUCUAAGAAUGAAAUAGAGUUAAGGAAAACAAAACAAGUAGAAAUAAAAGAAAAAAAAGUAUCCGAAUUAAAGAAAAAUAUAUCAGAGAAAAUAGAAGAAAUAAGCAGAAUAAAUGAAAAUGAAUUUGGGAUAAAAGUAGACAAAAUAGGGCAAAGAAAAAAAGAACAAAUUACUGGUAUUCAAGAUCAUGGGGCAAGUAGAAAAAAUGGGACUGUUGGAGAGUCAUCAAAGAAUAUUGUUUCUUUUGAAGUAAAAAAAGUAGUCGGGAAGGGCAAAUACGUGGUGAGUAGUGUUGAAAGAGCUCAAAACAACAAAAUCUCUGUGAUGGAAAACGACAAUAGGCAAUCAAAGAAAGUUGUUAUGAAUGUAGAUGAUGCUAAAAGAAAUGAGGUAGAAUGGCGAAAAAAUAAAAAAAAAAAAUUAUUGAAUGAAAAAGAUAAUGGAAAAGGUGUUGCAGUGAAUAAUAAAAUUGAAAAACCAGUAAUCUCAAGAAGCGUUGGGCCUCGAAAAGCUCCAAUUUCAAAUCAGAAAUUGAAUCGUUCACAAUACACCAGAAGAAGCAGUGUUAUUACAAAGCCACCUACUGAACCGAAAGCAUUGAGACAUUUUGUCAAAGGUCCUCGUGAAGAGCACUACUUUAGUUAUUAUGCUCUACCUUAUUACCAAGUCGAUCCGAAUAUAAAUUUAUGUGAUUAUUUUAGUGAAGAUGAGUUUCCAGAGCAGGAAUUUUCCAACAAAGAUUUGUGCAAAAUAAUGAAGUAUAAUCCCAGCGAAAUCAGAAAAUAUAAGCAGCUUGGUAGCUACCCUAAUGACAAUGUAAUUGAUGAGUAUCGAAAAGGCAGGUUUUUCUUCACCAACAUAAACGAUGGGAUCGAUUUGGCCACCAAGCUAUUUGUGGGAAGCAGCUACAACACAGGGGAGCAGCUGGACAGCAAGGACAAUGAGCAUGGCGAUAUUCCUGGUCAGAGCUCUGCAGAUGCUGAUGGAGAGACCAUAAUGCGAUGA